UGGCUGAGAUUAAACCAGUGGAGGGGUCCAGAUCAUCAAAUUUAGAAACCCAAAUCUGGCCUCUCCCUUUUGCAAGACUUCCUAGACUUUUUUCACCAUCCAUCAUCAACUGCGACACAAGCACAGGUGCAACGACGCACAAGCUCUCGCUAUUCCCAAAAGGAAAGAAACAAAGUCUGCAGCGCAUAUUUCUUGCAUUCGAUUUGUUUCUUGGGGCGACUCUUGUACAUGUACUUUGCUGUACUCCGCCCCCAUCUCCACCAAUCGCCGCUGUCACGUCUGCAGUCUUUAGGUAUCCCCUAAGCUGCCCGGUUUCUUGCAUUGCGUCGCCCCCCGUCAUCAUCAACUCACGAUUCGGUACCGGUACCUACGCUUAGCUGCAAGAGAGAACAAAAAAAGAGAGACGUUGUUAAUCUGGGCUGCACCGACGCCUAAGCCCCUCACCAGUGGCACCGCAAAUAGAGCCCAGCCCGAUACACCCGUUUGCCCAGUCUCGCCUUGUAUCACCAGAGUCACUUGAUCUGACCUCCCCCACUACCAACUCGCCUCGUCGCGCAAAGACGAGACAGGUUAGAUACCUUCUAGCCUCUGUUGCUCGCUGUCGACUAUCACUAGGAAGACCCUGGCCCAAGGGUCGUUGAUCGUCGCCUUCUGCUGCCAUUUGCAAGCCUCGCAAGCUUCUUGUUCGUCGUACAGCGUAGCCCACCUGGCUCUGUCCUGCUGCUUGCUCAUCGCUCCACAUCAGCCCACGGGUCGAUCACAAGAGAACCACCAUUACCAGUCGCUCAGCUCUAUCGCCGACCGCCCUGUCUUUUGACCUCCUCCUGUUCGGACCUUGAUUUGGUCAAUUGCUGCAACCCGUAUUCCCAUUUGCCUCUAGGGUGUCCUUUUUUGGACCACCUUAGAAAACGUCGAACAAGAUUCGAGCGGAUACAUAUCUGACACUCUCGGCGUACCUCCUACCGUUGUCUACAGCAGCCUAGCUGUCCUGCUCGCCGUCCCAUUAACAAUGUCGAGAUACGGCUGGUCCAUCGGCCGCGAACAGAUUUCGCCCUACAGUUCUAUGCCCAGCGGCGUCCCCGCUGUCACCGACGACGAUUUUAGCUACAUCACAUCUCAAGAUCUUGAUGGCGUCACCGAGGAUCGAUACUAUCCCAGAUCCCACUCGACUGCACCCCCACCAGCUCCAGAAGACGAUGUCCUCCUUAUCAAGAAUCGCGGCAUCACAUAUCCUGCUCACUUCCCCGCAUAUGCGAUUGGAGAUGGAAAGUUGCGGGUGAUAGACGUCAAGGACCGGGUUGGUCUGAUGAUGGAACUUCCUGAGCGAGGAACAUCACGCAUCAAGCUUCUCUACAAGGGGAAGCAACUCAAGGACCCUAUGGCGCCAGUACGAGACUAUGGUGUCAAGAACAACAGCGAGUUGAUGGCGGUCAUGCCCGAGAUCAAUGAUGUCAGCAGUGGUUCAGAAGAGGAGAUGGUGAUUGUCGAUGCUCCUAGAGAAGACAGGAAGACUCGCCGCCGCAAGAAGAAGCGUGAUAAGAAGAAGGGCAUCACCAGUGACGGCGACUCCUUGUCAGGCAGCCCUCGAGACAGCGCUUCUACUUUCGACCACCCCAGAUCACCUCCAGCGCCACCCACAUCUUCGGGCGCAACCAGCGGACCUAUGAAGGUUCUCGACGAUCUUGCCGUUGAGUACCAAAUUAAGUGGCUGCCUUUGUGCUCCGAUUACAUUGAGUCGCCACCUUCAGACCCCAAGAAGCGAGAGGAAGAGCACCGAAAACUUUCUGAGAGCAUCAUGAUGCACAUCAUGUUGAAACUGGACGGUGUUGAGGCUGAGGGAAUGCCCGAAGUCAGAGCACGAAGGAAGGAAUUGGUGAGACAGGUCCAGAAGACAUUGAAGGAUCUGGAUAUUGCAAAGGAAUCUUGAGCCCGCGGUUAAGCGAUGGCAUUGAUGUUGAGUGGAAAAAUAUUGUCUGGUUUGAGUGCAGGCGUUACUGGGAAUAAUCGAUUAUUCGACUACCUUACUAUUGCUCUUGAUAUAGAACAAGCUGUACAAUAGAUUCAAGGAUUACCUUGACCAUGAUGACCACCAUAGACAGCAUUGAGCAAAUUGGCACAUUUAAUUGGAAUCUUGAGUAUCAACA